AUGGCGUCUCCAUAUGAGGCCAAUCCGUAUGUCGGCCACUACCCACAGGCUCCGACCCCUUGGUUUCCUCAUCCACCCGACAUGGACCAUGCAACAGCAGGCUAUGCUGGUGAAGGAUAUUAUGGAGGCUUACAGCACGGCUUGGUUCCCCAGAGCGGGAGAUACCCGGUGACGCAUAGGCAUGAAAUGGCGUCAGCAUCCGCACCCUCUAUCCCGUACAUGGGACCUCAGCCUCCCAGCGUGCGACCUGCAAUACAUCGGAGCAGGUCAAGUGUACAUCGGCAAAAUUUCAGAAGGCCGUUCAUGCCCACCAUUGAUUCUGGUGACACCGAUGAGGACCUGCACGACGACGAAGACAACAGCAUUACUUUUACGGGGGAAUCGUCCCAUAGCAGUGCGGUCCAGCGGACCCGGCGGGAUCGCACAGGCUCAGCACGGAUUCAAAAACACUCCAAAAGAGAUCAGAAGCGUAGGAGGAGGUCGCCAGAAAGCCGCAACCAGAGCCUGGCACCACAAGUACCCCUACCGAGUAAAGAGAUGCUCGGAAUGAAUGAAAGGUUGGCCAAAUGUGAGACAGCAGCAAAGGAGGCAGAUGCAAGGCAAAGGGACUUUGAAGAAAGGGUACAAGAAACCGAAAGUUACCUUAAAAAGAAAAUUGAGGAUACGAUGCGUGCCCAGGAAGAGGCCAACAAGACGAUCCAAAUAGCCAGAGAGGCUGAGCAGGCCGCGAGAAUAGAAGCGGAGCAAAAUUCGGGAAAAGAAAGGAGGAAGGCAAUGGAAGAACGAGCCGCGCGGGAAAGGGAGAUGAGGAUGAGAUUUGAUGCAGAAGAAACAGCAAGGCGGGAGGCAAGGGAGUCCGAGGCAAGAGGUGAAAUAGAGAUGAUGAAGCGCGCCUGGGAACAGCUGCUGCAUGACAUAAAAAAGGAUAUGAACAGAGUCAAGGAGCAACAACUCGCAGGGAACGUUGUGCGAGACGAGAUCGGAGCCGAUCUUCAAGUCGAAGCCACCAAACCCCCCAAAAUAGCCGAGGAGGCAUCUGUGAGCCCCAAUCCCAGCUACUCGCCCGAAUUUCCUUAUUUUCAAUCUCCGGAUCUGUCCAGGUCUCUUCCCACCACAGAGAGGACUCGCCCGCUCGAGCCUCGCAGGCGACGGGCACAGGAACUACCACCCGAGGCCCCCGACCCACCAACUGAGGAAGUAGAUGAAGAAGUAGAGCUCGAUGUCGACCAGGGGACAGGCGCUGAAAGCAGCAUUGAAUCCUCUAUAGGGUUGGCUAGUUCAUACUACUCCACCUUUCGCUCCGAGAGCAGAUCCAGUUGGCGCGGGGGGAGGGAUUGGAGGGCAGAAAGAGAAGCACGAAGGAGUCUCCGCAUCUUCAGAGAGGAAAUUAUUGAUCCGAUUUGCGAUACACUCUUGAGCCUCCUGGACGCAUACACGCCGGGAGGUAGACCAAUGGAUGUGCCUUCUUUCAACCCACAGCCUCCGCAUUCCUCGAUUCGGGCUCACAAGGUUGAACCGGUUCCGUCGGGGUCAGAUCCACAGUCAUACUUGUCAGGUUUUGGGACGGAGAAUGCCGAGACUGUCACACCCGGAGGCAAUCGGCAGUUCAGUCGAGGGCGACAGGCCCUUAGACGACCUCGUUCUCAGACAAGCAAUCGUGCAAACGAGACCCGUCUGCAGAGGGGGGAAUCACCGCGAGCCUAUUCUUUGGAAAAAUUCGAUUCUCUAACUGAGAGCGGCCCUCCAGGGUUGGUCAAACAGGACCCCACGGGCAUAAAAGAAGUUGCCCACGAACUCGAAACCCCCGACCCAGCCGAUUUACCAAUAGCAAGCAACAUCAAGAGAGUUCCCAGGACGGAAGUAGCAAAAAGGUUUCGACUGAUAUCAUCUCCGACGCUGCCUGAUGCAGUCUAUGGAGAAGAGGCAAUACCCCCUGCAUAUCCAUCUCCUGAAGUUGCGUUUGGAUUGAGUGACGAAGAGAACUCGGACCCCACAUUCAAGACGCCCCCAAUGAGCUUUCAGAAGAGAGCAGACAUGGAGCAGCGUACAUCUAGCGAGAGUGACAUAAAGAUAUCCUCGAAGGCCAACCCACCCACACUGUCAUUGGGCGUCAUCGCCAGUGUACCUGUUGAUACAUCGUUUUCGCCUUUCAUACUUCCCUUGGCUGCUAAGCACAUUGCCAAGGUUACUGACACUGGUAAGCGUGUCAGGAUGCUCGCAUCCAAGCACCUUCUCUCGUGCUUCCAACACCCGUCGAUGCAUCGCAAGACUUGA